AUGUUCCACACGUUCCAGUCUACCGCUGGGCUGCGGUCACCUGGGGCAGACACCGAUAGUUCGGGGAAACCAACACGGCCCCCAGGCUCACGGCGAAUAUCAACCAGCAAUGCGUGUGUUGAGUGCAGGAGAAGAAAGAUCCGAUGUGAUGGUUCACAGCCUUGUGGGCAGUGCCAGUGGUAUCAACAUCCCGAGGCGUGCGGAUACUCCAAGCCUGCACAGAGAGUAGUGCCGAGUAGGAAGCUAGUCGACAAGCUAUCCAACAACAUCGAGCAGUACAAGACCGUUUUGACCAAGCUAUAUGGAGGAAAGAACCUCGAAUCCCUAGCCGCUUUACCUCGAGAGGAACUGCUCGAGUUGGCUCUAUCCGCGCCGAUAAACAACCUGACAAUGUCUCCAUCGACAGCAGAUUCCCAGGCCUUGUCAGAUGCUCAGGCCGGCUCUGAUGGUGCCGAGAGCCUUGAGGCCCUUGAACAAGCUCCUUCUGAGGAUCCGUACUGGGACGAGGCGCGAAAACACCAGAUCCGUGUGCAAGGAAUCUCAGACGACGUCAAUGGUCUUUCCAUGUCUGUCGAUAAGCUCUCAUCCUACGUUGGCAUAUCCUCCAUCACUGCAGCACUCAAAGUCAUUGUGCGGUGUGCACCACAAGCACGCUCGCUCAUUACGCAUAACAGCCAGGAGACAGCGCUACCGAGUCGUGCGGGAUCCCCUCCUCCUGAGCUCGCGGACAACAGUCCACAUGCUCUGCCGCCCCCAGAGCAUGGCCAGGAGCUCCUGGAGAGCUACUUUGACCGCGUUCACCCAUUCUUCCCCAUGAUCGACGAACGCAAGUUCUGGUCGACGUAUUUGUACAGCAACCGAAAAGACUCACCAUGGCUUGGCCUGCUGAACAUGGUCUUCGCGCUUGGCUCGCUCGCGUCCCUUACUGCAGACAACGAAGCUCAUUACGUCUACUUCACUCGUUCGCGACUACAUCUAUCUCUUGAGUCAUUUGGAAGUGGAAAUUUGGAGGUCUUGCAAGCUCUUGCGAUUAUGAGCGGUUAUUACAUGCACUACCUCAACCGACCAAAUGAGGCGCACUCGCUCAUGGGUGGAACCCUUCGUAUGGCUACGGCGCUGGGGCUGCACCGCGAGUACUCAGAGCGAAGUGAUGCAAGCCGGCAGUUUAUGGCACCCGGUGACGAGGAUUCGAUUUCCCCCGAGAUGAGACGAAGGAUAUGGUGGAGUCUGUUCUGUCUUGAUGCAUGGGCGUCGACCACGACCGGUCGGCCUUCAUUGGGCAGGAUGGGACCCUCGAUCACAGUCCUGAGACCAGGAACGGCUGCUGGUGCGAUACAGACUAUACCCCCGCCCAACAGCCCGCAGUACAUCGAGCAGCUCAAAAUCCUUCCUUUAAUCCAUGCUUCCGCAUUCUGUGACAUAGCAACGAGGAUACAAGACCGUCUCGUUGAAUCACCUCUCCUCUCCUCAGUUGAAACCGCCAGCUACGAUGCACACAUUAUGAAAUGGCACGAGGAGCUACCCUCAAUCCUCUCCCACCCUGAAGAGCCGUGUCCAGAGUUUAUCCGCCGGGUGAGACUAGUCAUGAAGUGGCGAUUCCAGAACAUUCGCGUCGUACUUCAUCGGCCCAUCUUGCUUACCACAGCACUACGACGAGGUGCAUGGGCUACCUUGACGGCGGAAGAGAAGGUUGCCGUUGGAAAAUGCCGACUCAUCGCACUCAAGACUAUCGAGGAUAUCAGUCAAGAGUGCAUGCCCGAUCUCAUAUCCGGCUGGAACGCCGUCUGGUUCUGUUUCCAGGCUUGCAUGGUACCCCUUGUCUCCCUGUUCAGCGACGCCAGCGUGCCGGAAGAGAUUGAGAAAUGGAAGGCUAGCGUCGAGACAGCCUUACAGUUUUUCGAAACAGUCAAGGAUUGGAGUAUCGCGGCCAAGCGAAGCGGCGAUGCUGUUCGGCGUCUUUAUGCGGCUUACAAAACGAGUGCCUCCAGCCUGUCCCAGUCACAAGCUUCCAUGCCUAUCACAACACCUCAGUAUCAAGGCCAUACCCAGUUUGCGGUCCCCGGUACCACAAAUGGAGCCCCGGCUAUGCUCAACUCACACGCCGCUUAUCCACAAGGUCAGGGCGCGUUUCACUACAAUCCUGCGACACCUACUUGGGCUAACGCCAAUGACCCCACGAUUCUCAACAACUUCUGGGACGAUAUGAUGUGGGACACAAAUCUACCGGACAUGUUAGAAACGCCUUUUGGUUUGAGCAAUGACUACGAGUACGCUGGUGCGGCACAAGACUCGGGGUCUGGUGGUGCAUGCUGGAUGCAUGGUAACUAG